UCGCUCCACUCCAGCUCAAGCUCGGUUCGAGCAGGCUCUUGUCUUUUGCUCCCGUUGCCUCCGCGCCUUCGCCGGGGGCCAAGCUCGGCGCCGCGGCAAAGGAGGAGCUCGAUGUGGUUGGCGAAGCCGUCAAAGAGGUCCCUGCUGGGAUCUUGGAAUGCCAGGCCUUCUGUCGUCCGGGAGGAGGCGCCAGCGCCAGUCCGCGCCGUCGCGAGGCGCCCCGAGGGCGGCGGCUGCGGCUACUUCUGCGGGCGUGGCCCCGGCACCUGCGGGCUCAAG